CCUGGCAGGCACCAGCGGUCCCAGCAUCCCACCAGCAACCUCGCUCGGAGCAACACGAAUCCAACGUCGCGCGCUGGAGCUGAAGCUGCUGCACAAGAUUCCAUCACCUCCACCGGUCUCAUGCGUGUCUGUCAACGAUAGUCGAAACAGCCUCGAGCUGGCCCGCUAGCGCCAUGCUCUCCGCAUUCACAGCCCGGCCCAUCAUUGAGUUCCGGCAGCGCGACAAGUCCAAGAUCGAGACCAUCCUCGCCUACGGUACAGAUCUAGCGUCAUCUGCUCCGUCACCGGGGAAGCGCAUCUCGCUAACACUUGAGCCUAGGCGACCGAAUCCUCGUCGGCCUCAACAACGGCGCGCUGCGCGUCUAUCGCCUCAACGAGCCGCCCCCGCCCACCGCAGCCGCCGCCCAAGACGAACCGGCCCCGUCCGCAGCAACACAAGCCGGCAGCGCCAGCAACUCCCCCCAGAAUGGCGACCGCCCGACCUCGCGGUCCGGCAAGCCCACGGACCUUCUGCGCGAGGUGGAGAGGUUCUCGACGCGCGCCAUCGAGCAGCUCGCCAUCAUCAAGGAGGCAAACACCAUCGUCUCGCUGUCCAACUACAGCGUCUCGCUCUACGAUUGGCAGACGUACCAGCUGAUCGAGACGCUCGGUCGGUCCAAGAACGCGUCCUGCUUCGCCGUCACGUCCAACAUCGUCAAGGAUCCCGACACCGGCAUACCCGAGAUUAUAAGCCGUCUGGCGGUUGCGGUGAAGCGGCGGCUGCUGCUCUGGAGCUGGCAUGAGAGCGAACUGAGCGAUGAUGUCGGUGAGGUUGUGCUGUCAGAGUCUAUUCGAUCCAUCACAUGGGCCAAUGCGACGAAACUCGUGUGUGGCAUGAACGGGGGAUACGUCCUGGUUGAUGCCUUGACACACGAAAUCGACGACAUUGUCAGCCCCGGCACGGUGGGUGGCGCGAGCCAGGGGAGCCGCUUUGGUGCCGUUAGCAGUGCGAGCAUGGGCUACAUGGGGCUCGGCGGGUACAUGCCCCGACCGCUGGCCGCGAAGCUGGCCGACGGCGAACUUUUACUGGCCAAGGACAUCAAUACCUUGUUCGUGAAUGAUGAGGGGAAGCCACUUGAACGGCGGCAGAUACCAUGGCUCUCUGCGCCCGAGUCCAUCGGAUACUCCUAUCCCUACAUUGUGGCCUUGCAGCCGCCGGCCAAGGGGUCGUUGGAGGUACGAAACCCGGACACGCUGUCGCUGUUGCAGAGCAUGUCACUCCCCGGGGCCGCUCAGCUGCAUUUCCCGCCGCCGACGGUCAGCUUGGCACAUGCUGGCAAGGGCUUCCACAUCUCCAGCGACCGGUGCGUGUGGAAGAUGGACGCAACCGACUACGACUCGCAGGUGGAAGAGCUGGUCGCGAAGGGCAAGUUUGACGAAGCCAUCAGCGUCCUCAACAUGCUAGAGGACGCAUUACUCAAGGACAAGGCGGAGACGCUCCGUGAGGUCAAGAUGCUCAAGGCGGAGAUGCUCUUCGCCAAGAAAAAGUAUCGCCAGGCCAUGGACUUGAUGAAUGAAGACGACGUUCACGCGCCUCCGGAAAGGGUGCUGAGGCUAUUCCCGCCUCAGAUCGCGGGCGACUUGUCGCGUUGGGCCCAUGUGCAGGACGCCAAGGACGCAGAUGAGGAGCCGCCGAAGAAGACUGGGGGGACGAGACCCAGUAGCCCGGACGGAGACGCGGAGCAAGCUGCGCCGCCCAUGGUCGGCGGCUUCGCGAAGCUGUUCCGGGGAGCGCACAAGAAGAACAUAUCGGACGCUGCCUCCGUCACGUCGGCAAAGAAAGACGCUACGGAAGAGGACGACACCGAAAGUGCCAAGGAAUCGCCUGCGGAGGAUAAGCCGCUCCAGGGAAAAGAGUUGACGAAAGCGGUGUUGGAGCUGAAUAGCUAUCUCGCGGGAACCCGCGCGCGGCUUCAGCGAGUCAUCGACCCAGUGACAGGGAGGCUCAAGCCACGGACGGACCAGGGCAGCUCCGCGGAAGAGGCAGCAGAGAGGUUUCUGAGGACGACACAGGAUGAGUCGGAGCAGAAACUCGAGGAGGAGCUGCGAAAGACGUUUCGCCUCGUCGACACAACCCUAUUCCGCGCAUACAUGUUCUCACAACCAUCUCUCGCAGGCUCGCUGUUCCGAAUCCCCAACUUUUGUGACCCAGAUGUGGUCAACGAGAGACUUCUGGAGCACAACAGGUACAACGAGCUGGUGGAUUUCUUCUACGGCAAGAGGCUGCACAAGGAGGCUCUGGAUCUACUCCGUAGGUUCGGGUCGACCACGAAGCCCGACGAGGCAGCGCCAACACUCCACGGGCCGGACCGCACCAUUCAGUACCUGCAGAACCUGCCUCCGUCCGAAAUCGACCUCGUGCUGGAGUACGCUGGGUGGACGCUUAAGAGCAACCCCGACUACGCCAUGGAGAUCUUUACGGGCGACACGGAGAAUGCGGAGACGUUGCCUCGCGAGAGAGUCAUCUCGUUCCUCCGCGAGGUCGACACCAAGCUUGAGAGGCUGUAUUUGGAACACAUCAUCAAUGAGCUGGACGACAUGACGGCAGACUUUCACAAUCGACUGGUGGAGCUUUACGUUAGGAAUCUCACUGGCAUGAGCAAGGGAGAGGAGUUCGAUGCUCUCAUGGACAAGUUUAUCAAGUUUUUACGGGAUUCGCGGCAGGUAUACGGCCUGACGAGGGCAUUCGCUCAGAUUCCCAAAGACGAUCCGUCUUUCUACGAGGCGCAGGCCGUCGUACUCAGCAACAUGGGAUCACACCGACAGGCGCUUGAUAUCUUCGUGUUCAAGAUGAAGGACUAUGGCAAAGCAGAGGAAUACUGUAAUCGCGUGCACAAGCAGCAAGAGGCCGCGGCCGCCAGCACAGAGGAGAGCGAAAAGUCGGAUGUUGCCGAUGACUCGACGAAGUCGAUAUACCACAUCCUCCUAUCACUCUAUCUCAAGCCACCACCACCCCACGAGGCUCAGCUCGAACCGGCGUUGGAUCUCCUAUCCAAGCACGGAUCCCGUUUACCGGCCACAUCCACGCUUGGGCUGAUCCCGGACGAUCUCCCGGUGGGGGCGCUGGAAGCUUACUUCCGUGGCAGGAUCAGAUCGGCCAACAGCCUGGUCAACGAAUCGCGCAUCGUCGCCGGCCUGCGCAAGGCAGAGUUCAUAUCCACGGCUGCGCGGCUGCACCUGGGCGACAACGUGGACGGCGGACAAGGCGGGCGGAACAGGCACGUCACCAUCACCGACGAGCGACACUGCGUCGUGUGCCACAAGAAGCUGGGCGGCGGCAUGAGGAUCGGCGGCAGCGUCGUCGCGGUGCUGCCUGACAAUACGGUGGUGCAUUACGGCUGCCUCAGCAGGGCGACGGGGCAGAAGGCGGACAGCACCCGGGCUCCUAGCUGGGGUAGGGGGUUCUAGACGUCGUGUAUGCGGGGACGAAGAGUUGGCCAUUAGGCGUUUGCGCGCAUGUUUCGUAGCCGGGAGGCAGUUGCGACUUUCUGGUGGAUACAGGGAUACCCGUUUGUUGCGCGUUUCGCAGCUUGUUGAGCUUUUAGUAGCAUCAUAGUCGUCGUCGGCGGUAUCUCGAAGGAGACGACAGCAAAUAUGAGGCAUCCAAGCUCGCCUCAAUCCUCGUCGUCCUGGACGUCCUCGC